UGUUGACCUCAGAGUAUAUUUAUCCUUACAGGAAUCAGGGUGGAUUUGAUAUGAUUUGCAGUGGAAGAGACAAGAUUGAGACUCCAGAACAGUUUAAGCAAGCUGAAGAAACAGCGGUUAAGCUUGAUCUAGAUGGCCUUGUUGUAAUUGGUGGAGAUGAUUCAAAUACAAAUGCCUGCCUUCUGGCUGAAAAUUUUAGGAGUAAAAAUUUGAAAACAAGAGUCAUCGGAUGUCCAAAGACCAUUGAUGGUGAUCUGAAAUGCAAAGAGGUUCCAACAAGUUUUGGGUUUGAUACUGCUUGCAAGAUAUAUGCAGAAAUGAUUGGGAACGUCAUGAUUGAUGCUCGUUCAACUGGAAAAUACUACCACUUUGUUCGUCUUAUGGGGCGUGCUGCUUCUCACAUUACUUUAGAAUGUGCUUUGCAAACUCAUCCUAAUAUCACUCUUAUCGGAGAAGAGGUAGCUGCCAAGAAACAGACACUUAAAAAUGUUACGGACUACAUUGCUGAUGUGAUUUGCAAACGGGCAGAACUUGGUUUUAAUUAUGGUGUUAUACUCAUACCUGAAGGACUUAUAGAUUUCAUUCCAGAGGUAAAUCUAUUGCAUGCAGAACUCAAUGAAAUAUUGGCCCAUGAUAUUGUAGAUGAAGCUGGUGUUUGGAAAAAGAAGCUCACGCCUCAGUCUCUUCAGCUAUUUGACUUCCUACCCCCAGCAAUCCAGGAUCAACUGAUGCUUGAGAGAGAUCCACAUGGAAAUGUUCAGGUUGCCAAAAUUGAAACUGAGAAAAUGCUUAUUCAAAUGGUUGAAACUGAGUUAGAGGUCAGAAAACAAGGAGCUGCAUACAAGGGUCAAUUCAAAGGCCAGUCUCACUUUUUCGGAUAUGAAGGAAGAUGUGGUUUGCCAUCUAAUUUUGAUGCCACAUACUGCUACGCUUUGGGUUAUGGCGCUGGAGCAUUGCUUCAGAGUGGGAAGACGGGAUUGAUAUCAUCUGUGGGAAACUUGGCUGCUCCAGUUGCAGAAUGGACUGUUGGUGGAACAGCACUGACUUCACUUAUGGAUGUCGAAAGGAGACAUGGUAAGUUCAAGCCUGUGAUAAAGAAGGCAAUGGUUGAGCUAGAUGGUGCCCCAUUCAAGAAAUUUGUCUCUAUGCGGGAGGAAUGGGCUCUUAAAAACAGAUAUCUCAACCCUGGUCCCAUUCAAUUUAUUGGCCCGGCAUCCGAUAAAGUUAAUCACACCUUACUGCUGGAACUCGGAUCUCAAGUGUAAAUGUGGGUGCGCUGUUCUUCCUUGUGACAAUAAUUUGAAGGCCAUAGUUCUUCAUUUCUCUUGUUUUGUUUAUUUCCGAGGAUUAAUUGAUUAAGAAUUUAACGGAAGUUUCUGACCUUUCCAUUGGAUUAUUACAUAACCCCAUCUCAAACAUUUACCAAAGCUUCACUCUGAAAUAUGUGUUAAACUUGCUCAA